GGAACUGCAAUGUCGGUCGGCGAACCUUUUACUCUUUCAACCUAUAGAAUCCCCCAACGCCUCUCAAAAUCUGUGAAACUACCAUCUAUAGUCUCAGAUCUCUACGCUACUCAUCACAAAGCAAGUGGAAGUUCGGAGGGUUAUGUGACAGUAGCUGCUCAAGGGGACGGUGUUCAUAUAUUGGAUCUUUCAACUCUUCAUCCGGUCAUAUCGCACACAUUAGGCCCGUCUACAACCUUUUGCUGUCCACCAGUGUCACAAAUCAUUUCGAGUGGUGAUGCCCGCGUCUGUACGACAUAUGCAGGGAUAGCCUCCUCUUCGGAGACCUCUGGCAAUGAUGAGUUGAACCGCACAAUAUGGUCAUGGUCUGAAAAUCUUUCGAGCUCUAUUGUUGACCGCACGUCGCAGAAGAAAAAAGCAGCAUCGGAUUUUAUAUAUAGCUUCCUCAUCCAAUAUCUGGACUCUUCACAAACUCAGAACUUCCGUCCAGACUUCUUGCUUCAUCCCCAAACGGGGAUUGGACGUUACUUGACAAUGAGUUGAAAGUGUUAGCCACGAGGAAGCCAGGUAAUUCGAAAAUCGUGCUGAGGAAAACACUCGUCUUUUCGCGUCAGAGUUGUCGGUUUCUCCCCUCUCAUACAGCUCCGCAAGCGGCCAUAAUAAUCUCCCUCCUCGAAUUCCAAGACACUUCCCGAAUAUCGGUCCUUGCGGUUGACGCGAAUACCGAUGUAUUUGUCGAGAUGGCGGACCUCAAACUCAGCGACCAGACAGAUGUCAGCGAUGUCUCUUGCUGCCAGGACGGAUUUUUGAGCGUUCUAACUCAACUCGGCUCUUGGACCUCUUUCGAACUCAGGUCGCCGGAUAACACCUUACAGUUAACUCCCCUCCCCGAUCAACUACACCUCGGGAAUCUCUCCUUCACAACAUCUCAUAGCAGUGAAGAAGUUUCCAUCAUCGCUCUGACAUCCUCCCAUGUUCUUCUUGCUGGGCUCAGUGGGCCUUCGUCGAACCGAGAAAUUGCAUUAUUACUUUGGGAUCUGCAAUAUUCCGUUCUCCUUGCGUCGCGAAUGAUACCCAUCCCCACCAAUCUGACUGAUAAGAAGCUAUCAUUGAAUUUAGUCGAUGCCAUGUCGUCCUCGAACCUUCUCCUUCUCCUUACUCCUUCCGCUUCCAUUUCCGCACAGGAACGACGGAAAUCCUCAGGCGGGACAUCUGCUACCUCGGCUGUACUGGUUGUCCCUGUUGUCGUUCCACCAAGAUCUAGCAUUGCCAACGCUAUGGGACGGGCUGCAGCUGGUGCUCCGUGGUUAGCGAAGGACGAGGGGUCGGAAGGAGUGACUGUAAAUGGAGAGCCGACCUACGAUUCUGUGAGGAAAAAGGUUGUCUCCGACCUGCGUACAGCGAUGGAGCAAAAUCGCCCUCAAAGUGCGAAUGAUACUUUCUUCGCUUGGGAGAAGCGCGAGCCGGUUGAAAAAAAGAAUAGGAACACCUCCGUGGACGGAGGGAAAGAGGAUUCUGAAUCUGAACCUCGCAUUGUAUAUGGUUACGCCUUUGUCAAGGAUGUGUUGAAUGCCGUUCUACGACCAACCCAACCCCAGAGCAUGCCAUACUCGUCGCAAGUCGUUCGGCAUCUAUUAGAAAAAAAGCUCGUGAGCACCAACAUGUUGGAAACUGGACUGUUGUCAGUUUUGCGAUUACGCAACGACUGGGACUCGAUCAAAUUGGCUUUCAGUACAGUUUCGGACCUGCAGGAACUCGAGAUCGUUGAUACUCUUCGAUACGUUGUGGCGCGGCAUCGACGUACUUAUAAACCACCUGCUUCGUCAGAACAUGACAGCGAUGUCGAAGUCGAUGCCAUGCAACUUGAUCCUGUUGCACCUAUCACCCCUCUACAAGAUGACAUACCUUCCCUCCAAGACUACAUGGCCCUCUGCUUACGCUACAAACUUUCCGAAGCACCUUUCCGAUUCGCGUUGAAGCGAUACAUGAAGGACGUUGACGAUGUAGUCUGUCUUUUGGAUGUCUUAGAUUCGUGGAUCGGACUGUGGACAUCGAAAGAGUUGCAAUUAAUGCCGUCAAAAAAGCUUUUGGAGAAGAAUGAGUUUGGGAUUGUGACUGUGAAAGGACGGGAUAAGGAAAACACGAAAGGUGAUACGGGGGUUCCUGCGCUCAGUGAGGUCCUUUUCUUCGUGCAGACCCUCUUAGACAUCUCCUUCAUAAACCUCAUUCAAAACCCCGCUUCUCAUCGGGUUUUACGGCGUAUUCAGUCUAGAAUCGAACCGGAAAUUGCAUCCAUCGACGAAACCGAGAGGCUGAGGGGACCUUUGCAUGUAUUUGCGGCUACCCAUUCGAAAGCUAUCAAAGACGCCAAGGAGGCUAGCGAAGGGAAACACGCACCAAAGGGUGAUUGGCGACAGAAGAGAAAAUUGGCACAGGACCAAGCGGGGAUGGGAAUUGGCCUUUAUCAAUUGGAGGAGUUGAUUUUGUGA